GAACGGGGUAGAUGAAAGUACGUUGAUGGAAAACUUUUUGUGUCUUCCACAUUAGAGAAGUUUUAUCCCAAAGUGAGGAAAAGUAGACAGGGAGGAGUCUGAUAUUCUAGUGGGGACUUGGACAUGGAAUUUUCUACUUUUACACUUUUUUUGUGUUGGAAAAUAGUGAGCAAUGGGACAAUCAGCACAAGGCAUGGGAACCAGCAGAGAGUUAAAGUACUUUAGGGAUGGAGCGACACUGGUGAUUUCACUGGAUGGUUUGAACUGGCUUUUUAAAAGGAGAUGCAGGGACAAAGGAAUCAAGAAAAGGAACGAAGAGCUCCAGCUGUUGAUGUCCUCCAGUCAGAUGAUCCAGGCUGAUGUAGAGCUGCAGGCCAUCACCUGCAUCCUCGAUCAAGGAGGAACUGCAGCCCCUCAGUUAUGGAGGAACAGUGACUGCAGAUCAGGCUUGGUAACGCGCCCAGCACCACCACCAUCAGCACCCUUCUCCACCUCCCCUCGACAACGUUGUCUCCUGGAGGAGCCCACACAUCAUCCAACACUCAUUUCUUUAGGUUCCUUUGGCUCAGAGCACCCAAAGGAGGCUCUAUGGACAAGACUUAUUUUAAACAUGCAGGACAUUUUUAGUUUGUUGAAAAAGAAUUUAAACAUUGUGACCCAGCAGGACACUGUCACAAUGCAUCAGCAUAAUAACUUUAUCAUUUUCUGUGAUGAGGACAUACCACUGCAACGUUUUGGUGACGCUUGCUGCUCGGAGGAUUAUAGGACGUCUAUAGUGGAUACUGGUGAUAACAGCAUGUUAAGUAAUUUGAAAAACGCCACUGCUCAUGAUCCCAAUAUCAACAACUCUAAUAGGAAUGAACAGGAAGUGGUUAUCAGAGACAAUUGUAACAACAUUAAGAGUCUUCGGAAAUCCUGUCAAAUCUAUGACGCUCCAGGAGUUACAUCUGGGAGGGAGAAGAAGAGGAAGAGUGUGUCCUUUGAUGAUGAUGUCAUGGUCUACCUGUUUGAUCAGGAGAGUCCCACCAUGGAGCUGCACUCUGAGGCCUGCACACCUCUGCCAGAUGUCACAUUAGAAGACAGUGGCUUGGAGUGGGACGACGACUUCUCAGCUCUGGAGAAGAACUGCCAUUUUCAGCAAUACACCCUUUCCCUGCCGACACAGAGCAGCACUGCUCUGUCCCGGCGUUCAUUUCUCCCCCAAACCUGCCUGUUCCUCACCCAUGUCACCGAGGCAGACCUUGGGCCGUGAGAUAAAGGCUUAUUUACACACAUACGUACGCACAGAGGGAGUCCUAGGUGCUGGUUUUUAUGACACAGUGGUGGCAGCGUUUCUAUCUGCCGUCAGCCAAAGGCCACCUCGCUGUCACCAUGGCCUAAUGUGACAUCCACACUUGUUUUUCUUUCAGACAGCCAGCCAGCCUUGGCCUAAUGGAAAAACUGACUAAUCGUCCAGAUCUCAUCCUCCUCACCUCUAACUCAUCUCCCC